UUCUGCUCUCUGUGGUGAAGAACGAUCGGACCCACGGUCGUCCGCUGCCUCUGUGGACUCCAAGUCUGCUCAUCUGCCAUCAUCAGCUCUGUUUCAAGACCAAGAGCGCAACUGGCGGCGUCACUAUGCGUCGCUGACUCUCUGUCUGCAAAAAAUGCAGAACGGCGAUGCAGCUGCAGAGGACGUGGAAGCUGGGACCGAAGCUUGUGAAGGCGCCGACAUUAGUCUCCAGCAGUUGGAGACAGAAGCCCGAACUUCUCCAAAUUCUCAGGCCCUUCUCCAAGCGGUUCGAAGGUACCAGUCAGAUUUCGAACAGGCCCGCUCCGUAUUCACUCGCCUCGUGCAACAGUGGCAGCGGCAGCAGCUGCUGCAAGGUCCGGGCUCACGAAGAGGACAGGACACCCAGCGGACAAGGUGGCAAUCACAGCUUUGACGCGGACGACGCGGACGAAAAAGCACUCGCAGUUCAUCAUGCCGGAGGGACGCUUCUGGGCGAAAGCAACCGGCUAGCUGUAGAGUCGGAGCACGUUGGCCUCGCUGUCAUGGGACAGUUAAGGACACAACGAGAAUCUCUUAUCAGUUCCCGGUCUCUAGCGCAAAAGACGUACGGAGAACUUCAGGAUUCUCGUUCGCUUUUAACGGCCAUGUUAAGGCAGUCUCUCUUCAGUAAAUUGAUUCUUGUUGCGAUUAUCGUCUUCCUCUCUCUUGCCAUUGUCUGCGUGUUGAUCCAUCGGCUCCUUCGCCUCGUGCGGGAUGUCUGACGUCCAGCAGAAGCGAGGAGGUACUUGAUCGCAUAGCUUUAGGGCCAAAGUAAAGGGACGCAUUGUCCUUGCAUCUGCAUUUGCUCUGCGUGUUGCUUCUUAAGAAGCCGGGAAACGGACCACCGUAAAAUACCAUCACGUUUCUGGUCCUGCAAGAGAAACUCCAAACCUGUUCACUACGUGGUUACCACGGAGGGUUCCUGCCUUCGUCGAAGGAGUCGCCGCAGACUGUGAAGAUUCAAAUCGGUUGCACCUCUCAAAACUUGGUCUGCCUAUGUGGGUUCUUUUCCGCGAAACGCACCUCACCUUCUGAGUUGGGACUGUCUACCUGACAGCGACUUGACGUGCGCUGGUG